AUGCAUGCUGUGCCAAUAUUCGAUGGAAACAAUGGCACUUUCUUCCUGGACAACACCCAAUUCGCCUACAAAUGCGAGGAGGGGGGCGGUUGGCAUGACUUCUUUGCAUACCAAGACCAUCUGGUCCCCUGGUCUGCUGCCAAGGAGCGCGCUGGUGGGGAGGAAUGCAUCCGUCACAGCUUCAGAGGCGUUGAUGACGUGCUCCACAUGAAUCUCAAAGCCGGAUGGGAGCCGUACAACGCGGCGGGCGUGUCCCAGGCAAGCUCUGCCGUGAUUGACAAGCAGCUAAAGGAUCUGGCUGCUGCCCCGGGGCCGACCAUGGGCUUUCACAAACGACCCACCACGCACCCAAAGGAUUACAUCGAGUCCUUCACCAAGAACUUCCCAGAUGUCAAGGGUGGCACCUGUGUGCUGGUGGGCGAUGAUGUGAAGAAGGUGGCAGAGGCAGCGGAUUAUGCCAAGAAGCUCAUCGGCUGCAAGAUUAUGCAGAACAAGCCUUACUACAGAACUGCCGGCCACGUCCAGGUGGAGUUCAACAACCAGACUCUGGACAAGCGGUGCAUGAGCACGGUGCAGCUGUUAUUGGACAUUGAGACGCUCGCGCACACCGAUUACAUGACCGGCACCCUUAACUCUGGCAUCCCUUACCUCAUAGAGGUGCUGCGGUACACGCUGUACAACAAGGAGCGCGGCAGCUUUGUGGACGCCAGCUUCCUGCACAACGACUGGUGGCAGAAAGUGCGCGACCUAUUCCACCCACCAGCAGAGGAAGAAGAGGAGGAAGAGGAGUGCACAGAAGGAGACCCUGACUGUGAAGACGAAGAGGAGGAUGAGGACAGCAUGAGAAGGCGGCGGAAGCUGCUGCUGCGAGGACCCUUUGGCCGGCUGCCAAGGCGGCACAAGAAGGAAAGCACAUUGUCUGCGGAGAUUGAUAUUGAUGCCCUGCUUGAAGAUUGA